ACGAAUAAGACCUCAAUAAGAAAUUAUGGCUCACUUCUCGGCAACGCAUUUAGGCCUUUUGGUGAUGGCCUUUUGGACGACAUGCGCCAUGGCUGGCCUUCCUUUAGAGGGACAACUGCAACAACUAAAGAGCAAUCUUGAAGCUCUGCAAUCGCACGUAAUUCAACUUGAAGCUCAAGUGACUUCACUGCUGAGAGGCAGCCAAACCACGGCAAAAGAAAUUCUCAUAUCUACCGAUGCGGCAGUGAGACAGACGCCGAGCGGAAUGCCAAGAUCCUGCGCGGAUCUGAAGGACAGAGGUCACACCCUAAACGGAAUAUAUUCCAUCAUGGGAGCGAAAUCGGUAGAAACGGUUUACUGCGACUUUAGUCUUUCAACGACAGAUCCAGGAUUUCAGAAGUGGAUCGGAUUUGCAGACGUCAAGUCAUCGCCAACGUAUUUCUACGUCCAACUGGACAGCCACUUUAACCAAACGUACGUUCCGAUUCCAUUCCGAUUCGAGAGAUUGAACGUGGGAGGCGGUUACAAUAAGACGACUGGCAAAUUCACGGCGCCAUCUGCAGGCAAAUAUUUUUUCUCUUUCACCGGAAUGGCCUACUUUCCGGCCGGAUCCACAUCCAGACUUUAUUGCGGUAUCUUCAUGUACAUGAACGGUUAUCCCAUUUCAUCUGCGUUCGCUGACGAGAUCGCCAAUGGCGAACAAUUCGAAACAUUUUCGAUGCAAUCGACGCUGCGAUUGGCCAAAGGAGACCAGAUCUGGAUAAAAGCAUACAACAUACCAAAAAAUGGAUACCUAUGGAGAAUCUACAAUUUCAUACACAAAUGGAACUUUGUGUAACUCUGUUUAACUAAAAAACCAUGCAGAUUUGCAACGAAAGAAAUCGGGAAAUGCCAGACUCACCAGUGAUGUCUUAAUGGCCCGCAUUUCUGUUGUGAAUGUCGACUUGUAGACAAGAACACCACAAUGCACAAACAUAACUAUCACAUAUAAUAGAAAAAUUACAUAAGUAAUAG